AUGAAAGCCGAUGCUUUCAUUGGCCGGUCUCCAUACCAAUUAACAAACAAAUCUGGUUAUAUCAAAUUAAUUCGUCAAGCAUUUCAGUUCGUUGAACGUUAUUUUCAGGAAAAAUUUAAAGAUGAAGAUGGAAAAAUUCAUUCAACGUUUGCUGAACAUCUAACAUUAGCAAAACUGUAUUGUCAAUUAGAAGACGCGUCAACGUUUAUCAGCGGUGAUGAAGAUGUAUCAAUGCAUGACAUGGAUUUUUUUGAACCAGGAUCCAAAAGAGCAAAAGAUACACAGCCAACAUAUAUUAAUGCAUUUAAUGGAAUCUACUCGUUAUUAAAAGGUACCAUGUUAUACAAUAAAGACAUUGCUGACAGGUCAUUAACGUUGUUAUGCCCAACGAUUGGUAACUGCUGGUCUCAAAUUUUGGAAUAUUUUACCAGUUCAAAUGCUACAAAUGGUCUUUAUGAAAGAAUUUUAUAUUGGUGUAUUUCGAAUUUGAAUUUUGUCGAAAAUACCCUACCGUUAAAUAAAAAUUUAGUAUCACUAGGGCAAUUAUUCGUAAUUCGAAUGUUAAUUGGUUUUCGAGUUUGUGAAUAUGAAACAGAUGCUAUUGCUUAUUUGCAACCUAUAUUAAAAGGUUUACGUUUGAAUCGUUCUCCACCACAAAUGAGAUGUAUACCAUCACAUAAUAAUAAACCUUUAGAACGUCGUUCUGCAGAUCUGAUAGAACGGAUAGCAUUUGUGAUACAAAAUGUGUUUGAUGUACUAAAAGUAUUGAAUGGUAUUGAAGAUUUGAAGUUUCAUACCAUAGCAAAAGAGACGCUGACGAGAAUAAAAGAAAAUAUCCAAAUAUUAUAUGGCAAAAAUGAUGAUGAUAGUAAUAUCGAUGAUGGACGAAUGGGCUAUCCAAAUAAUAUUGAUCUUAAAGACUUAGCGGUUGUACGAAUAACAACAGUAUCAAAACCGCCGAAAAAAUCAAUGAAAAUAACAUUAGCUGCAGUGAAAGCAGCUGUACGUAUAUACGAUGAUUUAUUUUAUCCGCAAGCGUUGCAUUUAUUUUGUUCUGAACCAGAUAAUCAUCAAAAAGAAAUCGGUAAUCUCGAACAUCAACAUGCAAUAUUACAAACACCAUUUAAUGCAUUUUCAUUAAGCACAUUAACUAGAAGUGGUUGUAUUUUUCAUAAUCAUACCAGAGAUAAAAUUCAUGUCUAUGGAUUAUUAGCAGAUUUAGUUGAAAAAAAAUUUUAUCAUAUGGCCAACAUAAGUAUGACACCACAGAUACUUAUAGCAGAUGGCUUUACAGAAAUGGAAGAAAUAGUACUAAAUGGUGUUGAUCAAUCAGCUGUUAGUAAAUUAAAUGAUGAGAACAAUACAAAUGGAUUAUCCAUAAAUGAUUAUACAGGAGGUUUGUUGAUAUAUAAAGCACUAGUGCCAAAUUGUAUAAAUUUAUAUAUAUAUAAUAUAUUUUGCUUCUUUUAUAGAUAUACGUCCACAUUAUCAAAUAAUAUUCCAUUAAGUGACAAAACCAACACAUCGUCGAACUCAGAAAGAACAACAUUUAGUACAGUACGUGGUGUAUUGAGUGAAAAAAUAAAAGAUAUAUGUGGAAAAGUUUUGAUGAUAGAUUCACCGUUGCUAUCACGAACGCUAUUGAAUCGAUCUAUAAGCGGUCACAAUAUGACUGACAUACACAAAGCAUGUGAAGUAUUAAUUAAAAUGAAAUUAUUAUCGUUAAAAACAGAUUUUUUGGCUAAUAAACAUAGUUAUCGGCCUUGUUAUUUGAAAUUAUUACCACAUACAGCAGUAGAAGAGAUUAAUUUCUCGAUGAUGUUAAAAGAUGUUGAAAUUAAAGAUAUUCAAAUGUAUUUUAAUACUAUGAAGAAGAUUAAAACAAAAAAUUUGGCAUUUGUUACGCAAGAUGCAUUGGCCUUGUUCAAUAGUCCACCUUAUUGUGAACAUGUACUGAAAAUUGGUGAACGUUUAGUAAUGAAACCAACCGGAAGAAAAGUUUGGAAUUUCGAUAAUAGUGAAAGAAAUGUUGAUGUUGUAAAAUCGACUGCAAAUAAUGCUAACAUAAGUAUGCACAGUUGA